GCAGUGCGGGGCCACACACAAAAUAUUGGAUACCACAACUCACAGUACGGCCGUGCACUACUAUGGGGUCCAUCUACACUAUGAAAGCGGUCGUUUACAAUGGUCCUCACCGUCUGGCCAUUGAAAACCGCCCUAAACCUUCGAUUGAAGAGCCCACAGAUGCCAUUGUGAAGGUGACUUAUACCACCAUCUGCGGCACGGAUCUCCACCUCCUCCAGAACGACAUCCCAUGCAAACCAGGUUGUAUCCUCGGCCACGAGGGCGUCGGAGUGGUCGACUCGGUUGGACCAAGUGUGACUAACCUCCAAGUCGGGCAAACCGUCCUGAUCUCCUGUAUCACCUCCUGCGGACACUGUCGGUUUUGUCGGAAGGGUAUGUCCUCUCAAUGCACAACGGGGGGAUGGAUCCUGGGAAACCAGAUCGAUGGCACGCAGGCAGCAUACGUCCGGAUCCCGCAUGCCUCCUUCUCCCUCCAUCAGCUUCCCCCGGAAAUUGACCCCAAGGCAUAUGUGAUGUUGUCGGAUGUGUUCCCUACUGCGUUUGAAUGCGGCAUCCUGAACGGCGAUAUCAAGCCGGGCGCACGAGUCGCCAUUCUAGGCGCAGGACCAAUUGCAUUGACGGCCCUAAUGAUUCUAAAACAAGGUUAUGGACUGUCUCGACAGGUUGUGAUCAUUGGUAGGGGCGAGUAUCGGCUGGAGCGGGCAACAGAACUGGGCGCAGAUCAUGUCCUGACCACAAUGGACGGUCGGGACAAAACCCUCGAGGCCUGUCGGAAGUUGACGGAGGGUGAGCUGUUCGACGUAGUGAUCGAAGCCGCUGGAGCCAAGGAAACAUUUGAUCUGUCGCAGUAUCUGGUCGCACCGGGUGGGACUAUUGCGUCGCUGGGGGUACAUGGAAGCAGUUGUGCCUUCCAUCUGGAGCAUUUGUGGCAUCGCAAUAUUUGCUUACGGACGAGUCUCGUGGAUACGAGUACCACACCGGAAUUACUGAAGAUGGUCCAGGCCGGGAUACUUGCCCCUGACGCAUUCCUCUCCCACACAUUUGAACUCGAUGAGAUAGAGCAAGCAUACGAGGUAUUUCGGGCGGCUUCGACGCACCGGAGCAUGAAGGUUCUACUUACCUUGGGCUACACAUGAUAAAAGCGCAGUACAGUCAUAUUCUCAAAUGACCGUGGUUCAUUUUAGCUGCUAUUCGGUGGAUGGGUCUGGGCUGGGGUAUUUGUCUAAGGUGUCCAUGCUGCGGGCAACUGCUUACUGCUCAC